ACUGGACAGUCCAUAUAUAAACAAAAUGAUCACACAAUUCUUCUUCCUCAGCUGUCUGCAUCUCCUUCUUCAGGCCGUCAAAGUAAAACCCUAGGAUAGGAACCCAAUUAGGGUUGUUUGUGGUGUGAGGAAAAUGGCAACAGUACCAGGGCAAUUAGUGUGGGAAAUCGUGAAGAAGAACAACUCCUUCUUAGUGAAGGAGUUCGGUAAUGGUAGCGCUGGUGUUGUGUUUAGCAAAGAGCCUAACAAUCUUUACAAUCUUCACUCUUACAAGCACUCUGGCCUAGCAAACAAGAAAACUGUGACUAUCCAGGCUGGAGGCAAAGAUCAAUCUGUGUUGCUUGCUACAACGAAGACCAAGAAACAGAACAAGCCUUCAAGCUUGCUAAACAAAUCUGCAAUGAAGAAGGAAUUCCGCCGCAUGGCCAAGGCCGUAACUAACCAGGUUGCAGACAACUAUUACAGGCCAGAUCUGAAGAAGGCAGCCCUUGCAAGGUUGAGUGCUGUGAACAGGAGUCUGAAGGUCACCAAGUCUGGUGUCAAGAAGAGGAACAGGCAGGCCUAGAAUAUGAAAUGUUACAUUGUAUGAGUUUGUGCUGCCAUGUUCUCCUCUUGUUAAGUACGAAAGUUUUGCUUUUCAAUUUUAUGUUUUAAUCUUUUUUUUCUUAAGAAAGCUGUCGGGAAGGUUGCCCCGUGCUUUUGGAUUAAAUAGACUUAAUGCUCAUUUAGAAAGAUCCAUUCAAUUUGUGGAAGCUGUGGUAUAUUGGAAUGGCCCCGUUCCUUGGUUCUGCCUUA